AUGGUCGAUGGUGAUCCUGGUGCCAUGACUACUAGGAGGAGGUUAUCAAGGGUUUGCUGGAUAAGAGAACCAUCUCAACGUGGUGCAUGUCUCUGGCUAGGAACAUUUGAUACAACAAAGGAAGCAGCAAGAGCAUAUGAUCGAUCUGCAUUCUCUUUGAGGGGUCAUUUGGCAAUCCUUAAUUUCCCCAAUGAAUGCCAUUCUUAUGAUUCUUCUGUUAAUGCUUCUGUUGUUUCUGUUGUUGGUUCUCCUAGUGGAGAAGAAAUUGAGAAAGGAAGUGAAAUUGGAAGCAAUAGAGAUGUGAUUGAGUUUGAAUAUCUGGAAGAUAAGAUUCUGGAGGAGCUUCUUAAUGUUGAAGCAGAGGACACCAAAUCCAAGAACAAGGGCAAGAAAUACUGA